AUGUUGGUUCAGGAUCGUGCGGCUUCGUCUCCACACAAGCCGACUAAAUCUCAGAUCAGAGAAUUACCUACUCAUCAACAGAUCCGACGUUUCAGUGAACCCAAAAAUCUAGAUUUUUCCUCUUGGGUUUCAGAGAAUCUCUCGAGAAUCGCUGUCUUUUCUCUCUUCAUCGUCACCAUAGCAGCUUUCUUCUUCCUUUACAACACCACCGACACUGCUUCUCUCCUUUGUUUCCAGUCACAGUCAACUCAGUCGCUUCAAUCUCUCUCUCGUCCUCAAAUCAAGUGGAAUUCGAUCCAGGUUGUCCCCGACAAGACCUCACCGUACGCUAAUUUCUUGACGGAGAAAUGGAUCGUUGUGUCGGUGACCAAGUACCCGACCCAGGAGCUCAAGAGUUUGGUGAAGAUCCGUGGAUGGCAGGUUCUAGCGAUCGGAAACUCAAUGACCCCGAAGGAUUGGAGUCUCAAAGGUGCGAUCUUUUUGUCUCUUGAUGCUCAAGCCGAAUUGGGUUAUCGAGUUUUAGAUCACUUGCCUUACGAUUCUUAUGUGCGGAAGAGUGUCGGUUACUUGUUCGCGAUCCAGCAUGGUGCGAAGAAGAUCUACGAUACAGAUGAUCGUGGUAAAGUGAUUGAUGGAGAUCUAGGGAAGUAUUUUGAUGUAGAGUUAGUUGGUGAAGAUGCUAAGCAAGAACCGAUUUUGCAGUAUAGUCACGAAAACCCGAAUAGGACUGUGGUUAAUCCGUACAUUCAUUUCGGACAACGUUCGGUUUGGCCUAGAGGUUUGCCGUUAGAGAAUGUAGGUGAGAUCAAUCAUGAGGAGUAUUAUACUGAGGUUUUUGGUGGUAAGCAGUUUAUACAGCAAGGGAUUUCGAAUGGUUUACCGGAUGUUGAUUCGGUGUUUUACUUCACUAGGAAAACGACUUUAGAAGCUUUUGAUAUUAGUUUCGAUGAGCAUUCUCCUAAAGUGGCUUUGCCUCAAGGUGUAAUGGUGCCAGUUAAUUCGUUUAACACUCUUUACCAUUCGUCGGCGUUUUGGGGGUUAAUGCUUCCUGUUUCGGUUAGUUCAAUGGCUUCUGAUGUGUUGAGAGGUUACUGGGGACAAAGGCUUUUGUGGGAGCUUGGUGGUUAUGUUGCUGUUUAUCCACCUACGGCUCACCGGUUUGAUAGAAUCGAGGCUUACCCUUUUACAGAGGAGAAGGAUCUUCAUGUCAACGUUGGUCGUUUGAUAAAAUUCUUACUUGCUUGGAGAUCUGAGAAGCAUAGUUUCUUUGAGACAAUCCUUGAUUUGAGCUUUGCUAUGGCUGAAGAAAAGUUUUGGACAGAGCAGGAUGUAAAAUUCACAGCUGCUUGGCUUCAGGAUUUGAUUGCUGUCGGGUACCAACAACCGAGAUUGAUGUCACUCGAAUUGGAUCGCCCGCGAGCAAGUAUCGGUCAUGGGGAUAGAAAAGAGUUUGUUCCUAGGAAGUUGCCUUCUGUUCAUCUGGGGGUUGAGGAAACCGGCACAGUGAGCACUGAAAUAGGGAAUUUGAUUAGGUGGAGGAAGAAUUUUGGAAAUGUUGUGCUUGUUAUGUUUUGUAGCGGUCCCGUUGAACGCACUGCACUAGAGUGGAGGUUACUUUAUGGCCGGAUAUUCAAAACCGUGGUGAUAUUGUCUUCUCAGAAGAACUCAGAUCUCUAUGUCGAAGAAGCCAAACUUGAUCACAUUUACAAGCAUCUACCAAAGAUAUUUGAUCGAUAUAGCAGUGCAGAAGGAUUUUUGUUUGUUGAAGACGAUACAGUUCUCAAUUACUGGAAUCUACUUCAAGCUGACAAGACUAAGAUCUGGACUACAGACAAGGUAUCUAAGUCAUGGACAUCAGUGAAACCGACCGGGAAGUCUGAUUGGUUUUCUGUACAAGCAGAGCUAGUGAAGAAAACUGUAAGUACAAUGCCGGCUCAUUUCCAAGUAAACUACAAGGAAUCUGCAAAGAACGAUCGGGAAACCUUAACAGUAUGCAGUUCAGAGGUAUUCUACGUGCCUAAACGACUUGUGACCGAUUUUGUUGAUCUUGUUGAUCUCGUGGGUGAUAUGGACUUGCACUACAAAGUGGCUGUGCCAAUGUUCUUCAUGUCGAUGGAUUCGCCUCAGAAUUUUGAUCCGGUUCUUGGUUCGAUGGUAUAUAAGAGGAAAUCACGGUCAUUUAACUCUUCUUCGAAUCUAUAUUCUGCUCAAGCACCUGCAGUUCACCCGUGGAGCAUAUCGAGCGAACAAGACUUCAUCAAACUGGUUCAGCAAAUGGCUGAAGGUGAUCCACUUCUGAUGGAAUUGGUAUGA